AUGGAAGAAUGUUGUUGUUAUGAGGGCAGGAUUGGUUUCGUUACUCAAGACGACGUUUUAUUCCCCCAUUUAACGGUGAAAGAAACGUUAACGUAUGCGGCCCUACUUCGCCUGCCUAAAACCUUGACGAAGCAACAAAAGGAGGAAAGAGCAUUGGACGUUAUCCACGAGCUCGGCCUUGAAAGGUGCCAAGACACUGUGAUUGGUGGGUCAUUCAUCCGAGGAGUUUCGGGGGGUGAAAGAAAGAGAGUUUGCAUUGGGAAUGAAAUCCUUAUAAACCCUUCAUUGCUCUUCCUUGAUGAACCUACCUCCGGCUUGGACUCCACCACAGCCCUCAGAAUUGUCCAAAUGUUGAACAACAUAGCUGAGGCUGGGAAAACAGUGGUGACUACGAUUCAUCAGCCAUCCAGUAGGCUAUUCCACAAGUUUGAUAAGCUCAUUCUUUUGGGAAAGGGAAGCUUGCUUUACUUUGGAAAGGCCUCAGAGACCAUGCUCUACUUCUCUUCCAUUGGUUGCUCUCCACUGAUUGCCAUGAACCCUGCUGAAUUCCUCAUCGACCUCGCUAAUGGAAACAUCAAUGAUGUAUCGAUCCCGUCGGAUUUGGAGGACAAAGUGCAGACCGAAAGCCCGGAGACCGAGACGCGAAAUGGGAAACCACACCAUCAGAUGUGCUAGAUUAAACAGUAUCUAGUGGAGGCGUACGAAAGCAGAGCCGCAGACAAAGAGAAGAAGAAGUCGUGUAAGGUUGGGGUAUUGGAGGAGGAGGCGAAGAGCAAGGUGUUGAAGCAAAAGAGAGAGUGGGGUGCAAGUUGGUGGCAGCAAUUCUCUAUCCUCUUCAAGAGGGGUUUAAAAGAGAGAAGACAUGAAUAUCUCAGUUGGAUGAGGAUCACUCAGGUCCUUUCCACUGCCAUCAUCCUUGGCUUGCUUUGGUGGCGCUCUGACAUUUCUACCCCAAAAGGCCUCCAAGACCAGGCUGGCCUUCUAUUCUUCAUUGCUGUCUUUUGGGGCUUCUUCCCUGUGUUCACUGCCAUCUUCACAUUCCCACAAGAGAGGGCUAUGCUAGCAAAGGAGAGGGCAGUGGAUAUGUAUAGGCUGAGUGCCUAUUUCAUGGCAAGGAACAUAAGUGACCUUCCACUUGACCUUUUCCUCCCCAUUGUUUUCUUGCUCAUUGUCUACUUCAUGGCUGGCUUGAAGCUCAGUGCCACUGCCUUCUUCCUAAGCAUGCUCUCUGUGUUUUUGAGCAUUGUUGCUGCUCAGGGUAUGGGACAGGCGAUUGGUGCAAGUUUAAUGGACAUAAAGAAGGCAACGACCUUGGCCUCUGUAACUGUCAUGACUUUCAUGCUGGCAGGCGGCUUCUUCGUUCAGGGGGUUCCGGUGUUCAUAUCGUGGAUUCGAUAUAUUUCAUUCAACUAUCACACAUACAGGCUGCUGCUCAAGGUCCAGUACAACCACAUUUUUAGAUCAGUCAAUGGGGUGGCUCUAGAUAAUGGAAUGAAGGAAGCAUGGGCGAUGAUUAUCAUGGUAUUCGGCUAUCGCCUUUUGGCGUACAUCUCUCUACGACGGAUGAAACUGCGGGCUUAGAGAGAGAGUGAGAGCUUUCAAAGAUGAAAGAAUCACUGAUCCAGAAAAUUGCUGUUCAACUUCACAUGCAAAAGGCUUUGAAUUUCAGCUAGAGAGUUCAACAUGCAAAAGGCUUUUGAGUUUUGAGUUUUCAGCUAGAGAGACAUUGUGAGGGGAUUAUAAGAAAGAUCCCUCAACAGUUUUACAUGUUCUGUGAUGGUCUCACAUGUAAAUUAAUGUCAGUGUUUCGUAGACAAAUAUGACUUCUGUUGAAAAUCCAAUGGAUGGGUUUUCUGUUUGUGUGAUGAAUAUGAUAAUAAAAAAGGAUCCAGGGUCGGCAUCCACCAUUGUUUGUAGCUGGAAGAAAAUCUCAGGGAUACAAUGCAUGUAUACUGAUUUUUUUUUCUUUUUUUUUAAGAAUAUCAGAUCCCAUGUUGAGCAUC